CGGGGAGAGACGGGGUGGUAGGGAGGGUUGGUUCGCGCUGUGACCUGAAGCGGGCGCAGCUUCUGGGAUUUUCUUCCUAUUCCGUUCCCUGUGGGACUCCAGAGAGUUGCUCUUGCAGAUCAGUCACUUCUGCAGUGUGUUAUACUGUAAUUUCUAACCUGUAGAAAUCAGAACCAAAACGGGCAAUGGCAAAGGUUGAAAAGUUUGCUUUUCAUGUUCCAAGCCUGGAGGAGCUUGCUGGAGUUUUGCAGAAAGGACUUAAGGAAAACUUUGCUGAUGCCCAAGUCUCUGUUGUAGACUGUCCUGAUCUGACUCAGGAGCCUUUCAAUUUUCCUGCUAAAGGAAUCUGUGGAAAGCCUAGAAUAGCAGAUGUGGGAGGUGUUCCAUACCUCAUACCACUUGCACAGAAAGAAAAAGUUUAUGAUCUAAAUACUGUUGCAAAAGACAUAGAGCUUCCUGGAGCUUUUAUUCUUGGAGCUGGAGCUGUUUCAUCUAGAGUUGUUGGUGUAAAUGCUGAGCUUAUCCCUAUUGUGCAAACUAAGAAUGAAAAAAAGCCUGCUAUAAAUGGGAGCUACAUUGCUCAGAUAAAUCCUGCAGAUAAAGGAUGCCUUCUUGAAAAGUACAGCAGUAAAUACUCAGACUGUGAAUUUGGGCUGUUGGCCAACCUUUAUGCCAGCGAGGGCCAACCUGGUAAGGUUAUUGAAGUGAAAGCCAAUGGAAGAACUGGGGAGCUUAACUUUGUGUCUUGUCUAAGACAAAUUUUAGAGAAACACUAUGGAGAAAAGCCAGUUGGGAUGGGUGGUACGUUUAUCAUUCAGAAGGGAAAAGCAAAAAUUCACGUUAUGCCUCCAGAAUUUUCUACCUGUCCUCUGAACACUGAUGAGGAUGUGAAUAACUGGCUCAAAUUCUUUGAAAUGAAGGCUCCACUGAUUUGUCAGCCAGUAAUCGUUUCAAGAGAUCCAGGCUUCGACCUGCGCCUGGAGCACACGCACUGCUUCAGCCACCACGGGGAGGGCGGCCAUUACCACACGGACACCACGCCGGACGCGGCGCAGUACCGCGCCUACUUGGCUCCCGCCGAGCUGCUCUUCCGCAUCGACCGGCCCAAGGACACGCACAGCGUGGGGCGGGACUGAGCCGCCCGGGAGCGGAGCUGAGCUUUCGUCCGAGUAAAAAUCGUUUUUGUAACUUUUUUAAUUACGCAGUGAUCAAAGCCAAGAGCGACUACGUCAGCAAUAAACUGCCGACUUCUCACGUUAAGGGGGAAAACGGGACUUGUAACCGAAGGGGUUACGGCUGAAUUCGAGCUGUAAUUUCACUAAAAUAUUACUAAUGCUGCACUUC